UCCCUAUUUUAACACACUAUCUAGAAAGCCUGAGGGUUUUUCAAUCCCUUCCACUUUUGUCUUGUCCUCUGCAAUUCCCUAAUUCAAAAAUCUCAGUGUAAACAAGCUUCAAGCUAUCAAGUAUCAACAAUGGAGGCUCUUACUAGAAUCAACUACAAGCAGACGCCAUUGCCGCUCUCUCCCCGCUACCAUAACCGCCCAUCUUUCUCAACACCCAUCUUUUCAAUCUCCUUCAAAUCCCAAUUUUCUCGUUCUUUCCCCUCUAAACCGUUGUCAUUCAAAAUUAGAUCUAGUUCAUCUCCAAAUUCAUCGUCAAUGGCUGAUAAUGCGAAAUUUUCCGCAAAACCUAAAACCCUAAACCCUUUCUCUCUCCUCAAAACCCCUCUUUCAAUUGCCGUUGCUGCGACCGCAAUCUUCUUCUCUGGGUUGGGUUACAGGCCGUUGACUGCAAGAGCUGAGCCAGCUGCACCGCCUAUGGUGGAGACCUCGGAGAAGGGAGAAGAUGUAAGUUUCAGCGAGGAGAGAGAAAAGAAGCUCGAGGAAGCUGUUGCGGCGAACCCGAAUGAUGUCGAAUCAUUGAAAUCAUUAAUGGAAGCGAGAAUCAAGAACAAGAAGCUUCCAGAAGCAGUGGAGGUGUUAAACAGGUUGAUUGAGCUGGAGCCGGAGGAUGUUGAGUGGCUAUUAUUGAGGUGUCACAUGUAUACAUAUAUGGGAGAAUCGGAAAUGGCGGAAUCGGGUUUCGAAGAGAUCAUAGCUAAGGACCCGCUUCGUGUUGAGGCGUUCCACGGUCUUGUAAUGUCGGUUUCGCAAAACGAAUCGGAUGUGAAGCAGAUGGAGAAAGUCACAAGGAGGAUUGAAGAGGCGACAGAGAGGUGUAAGAAGGAGAAAAAGAAUGAAGAAAUGAGGGAUUUUAAGCUGUUGAUGGCGCAAAUUCGAGUUAUUGAAGGGAAUUAUGUGGAGGCAUUGAAGGUUUAUCAGGAACUAGAGAAGGAAGAGCCUAGAGAUUUUAGGCCUUAUUUGUGUCAAGGAAUUAUAUACACAUUGUUGAGGAAGAAGGAUGAAGCAGAGAAGCAAUUUGACAAGUAUAAGAGGCUUGUGCCAAAGGGUCAUCCUUAUGCAAAGUAUUUCGACGAAAAUAUGCUUGCUACUAAGGUAUUUUCACAAAUGGGAGAGAAUGAAAGAAUGAAAAUGGGGUCACAAAAUUAGUUGCUUGAGGUUAAGGAAAUUAUAUGCAUAGCAUGUUCAAGUUUUUGUUUUAUUUUUAAUUAUGUUUUAAUUUUAUUUCUAGUGUUAGUUUAUGUGCUGAGAGUUUUACCAUAAGUAAUCGAAGAUCGAAAGAAAAUCGAAUUGAGUUAUUUAGUGACAAGACUAUGAGUAGUUUUGAAUAUGGCAUUGUAGUACAAUGAGUAAUUUCAGUAAGAAAUGAAAUAAUUUCAGGGCUUGGUUCCAUGUUUUAUA